AUUAAAUAUAUAUAUAUAUAAACAAGCAAUAUCGUAUUUAUGAAUUUAAAAUAUUAUCUCUGAUCAUAUACUGAUAAUAAACUCAUAUUUUUAAAUUUAAUGAGGAAUAUGAUAGUAACAUUGAUACUUUAAACAGUUAAUAGCUUUUGAUCGCGAUUAAACGCAAUGUUUAUUUUCGACUCGAUUUAUAUCGAGAUUCGCGUUUAUGAAAAAUACGAGAGGAGGAAGAUAUGGUCGGCUAGUGGAACAAAAUUUCAUUGCAAAGUUCAGUUGCCGGAUUAUCGUGAGAGCACGUGUACGUUAUUUACUUUGGAACUUCGAAGUUGUGAAGCUUACGCAGGUUUAUACGUUACACAGACCAACGGGACGAUGUGCUUGCAAACUAUCCAAUGCAAUAUUGCGACGAGGCCGGCUGCCGGGGAAUUGGCGCGCCAACUGCCUUCUAUUUACAACGUAUAUACAUACACGUGACAAACUAGCUGCGAGUGCUGUAAAGUGAUGUACCACUUUGUAAGUCUUUCUCGCAGAUCAUUAUAUAACCGUUGCUAAGAAUAUACAAGAGAUUGGAAUAAUAAGAAGAUUGAUAAAAAAAUUGAUUUAAUUCAUCAGCAUAAAUUAAAUUCAUGCUUUAAUCCCUCGUCGAUUUAAACAUGCAAACCAGCACUACUCUUUCAUUUGCUUGAUUUAAUUGGUACAAUCAAUACAAAAGCCUGAAUAUUUCAAAGAUUCGCGAAUAAUUCUCUCGAUGGUUCUGGGAAAGGAUUAAUGAUUGGAAUGGCUGUCAUAACGUUCCGCCGUUAUGAAAAUGCGGUUGGCCAAUACGCGCUCAUACGCGGGAUAAACGUUUCAGUUAUACACCGCAGGAAUUUUAGAGUUACACUUUGCAAGCAUGUACGACAGGAGAUAUGCGAGACACCUACAAACAACACAUGGCAAUAUUGCAUUUGGCCUGGCUGUUGCGGGAUAAUGUGUAACCACGACUUUAUCUACUUGCGGCGCAAUACGACACAGUAGUGCGGUCGUAACAAAUAUGUCUUUGCAAUGUGUCAAAGUGAAAUAUUGGCAAUUAACAAUAACUCGUUGUUAAAUCAUUCACGAAAGCGUCGAAAAGCUUCAUCAGCGGUACGUCUCGGAAUUAAAAGCAAUCACAUAUUUUCUUUUUCGUCACAGAUCAGCGUUAAACAUUCGCAAAAUGGAGAACAAGCGAAGCAAAACCGUGAAAAAUUUUGCGACAAUAUUUUUUAUUUAUGUAUCUUUAACAUUUGUUCGCGCACGCUUAAUUUAUGAGGAAUCAUUUUUGAGAAAUUUGUAAUUGGAUUUUUAAUUUAUGAAAAAAGGUCUAUUAGAUUUGUCAAGAUUUAUCACGAAUUACAUAAACAAUUUACGGACCCGCGCGUCCUAAUAGCGACGUAAGAAUUUUAUGUGGCGGAGCGGGUCGACGCAACGGAAUAGCGAGCUCGUCCGUCGGUGUUACGACAACCACUGACUUCACGGACAUUCCGUGCGUUACCGUGUUCCGGCGCAGCCACUUCCGGUGCAACACCGGUGAGGUUGCUGUGACCGCAGCUUGCGAGUGCUAAGCGCCGCAUAAACAUCGUGGGAGCACAUGCAAUACGACGACAUGCACAUGCAGCCGACAGUAAUCAUGCUUACAACGUAAUCCAAUGUAUGAAUACGUUCGUGAAAAUAAUAUUACCAAAUAAAUCAAUUGAUAAUAAACAAUGCAAAGGCGGUUAAAGAAAUCCAGCAUUUCAGUUAUAAAUACGAAAAAUGCAACGUUUAUAAUUUUAAUAAUAUAAUAUUAAUAAUUUUAAGCUUUUAUGUUUUUAAUGAUAAAUUUUCUAUUCCGUAAACUAUAUGUAAUGAAUGUCUUUGUACUGUGCGUAAAAAUUAUUAUAAUAAAAAUUAUUUCUUAAGUAUUAUAUAUAUGUUUUUAUGAUUUUGUAAUAUCUUUCUUCAGUGUUUAAAUAUAAUCUGUUAUAUUUUAAUUAUUGAGUUAUUUGGCAUAAAUGUUCGAACGUUGUAGAUAAUAUCACAUAAAUCUUGCAGUUAUUACAUUGCAGAGCUUAAAUAAUAACUAUGUUUAUUCAAUGCUUGUAAUACAAAGUGUCUGUCUUGAUGUAAUUAAUAACCAGUGAUUCAUUAUGCAGAUAUUAUUUAUAAUUUAUCUUUAUAAUUUAUCGUACCCAGUCCGAAUUGCUCAUUACGAGUUAAUUAUAACGAUCAUGUAAUGAAUGAUACGAAAUGAUACGAGUUUCAAUGAAUUUAUUAUAUCUAUAAAAUCCAGCGAUAAUUUUGUAUACGUCAAAAGAAAAUUAAUUGAGAUCUGAUUGAGAUAGAUUUCUGUAUCUCUCUGUGCAAAGUAUAAUUGAUAAAAUUAUAUAAAAAAAUACAGAAAGAAAAUAUACUAUAUCAAACAUUUUUAUCAAAGUUAUUAAUAUAACAAUGAAAUAUCUUGGACGUCAUGUCUCACUUGACUGUCCAAGAAGAUAUAGCAGUCCAUCUAAAUCUCAUUAAUUUAAACCUCAUUAAUUUUAUCCUCGUAUAUAUAAUACUAAAAUGGGAGGUGCUUUUUCUCCAUUUGUUACCGUUGUAAUUUAUUGCGCUCGAAAAAUGCGCUAGAUCGUCGGAAUCAGGAGGGAUGGUGUUGCGUCGACCGAUUUACGAGGUUUCGAUGCGCAUCGGAACGAGUGCCAUCAAAAAUUCAUUCGGCGAAUUAAAGCCGUCUAUCGCUGAAAGCGGGCACGGCAACAUGGAAGAAGAGGGACUCGAGAAUGGGCAAGAUACGGGACGUCGACGCAGAGGAAAUAGAAAAAUUAUUGCAUGUACGUAGAACGAAAUUAGCCGUGCAAACCGUCGCUGCAUGCACGCCAAUUACGUACAGCAGCCGAACAUGACUGCGUAUGCAGUACUCUGGGCACGCAUUCAGGUGUGUCUGAUGCACGCGAACAUCUCCCGUGAGCACCAUUGAGAGAGAAAAAAGCGGGGACGCGCGUGGACUUAGGUAAUUAUCUUACAUAUACAUAUUUGCAUUAGGAUGCUGACAAGCAUAUGAUGCAGCAUAUUGCAAUAAUAUCUUUUUAAACGCCAGAAUCGUAACGAAAUACAUUUUAUAUUAGCAAGAACAUGAGAAAAAAAUGAAACGUUUAAUUAACAUUAUUCGCGUAUUGCAUAUAUGAAUAGUAAUUCGAGAAAAAUGUAAUAUAUCUAAUUUACUUUAAAUCGAUAAAAAUAAAUUAGAAAUAUUGCGUUAAAUAUAGAAUCUUUUUUAGAAAAACGAAAUAAAAUUAAUAUAGAAAGUAAUAUUUUAUAAAUACCUAUUUGUCUUUUAUAUACACUUAUAUAUAUCUUUACAGCAUCUGUUAUAUUACGCACGAUACAACAUAUUAUAACAAGUUUCAAGAAAUUAUCAACAUUUAUUUUAUCAUGUAGUGAGUAACGUUCUAUAAUAUUAUACAAUAGCAAGAUAACGUAGUAUGUGACGUAAUAAACAAAAUGGUAAAGCAUUUUAGCAUAACUCCGAUGUCUCAUAAUUAUUUGAUUAGAAACAAUAUAAGCUACAGUAUCAAAUAUAGAAUUGCAUAUUUUUUAAUAUAAAAUGCAACAAGUAAUUAUGUUGGAAUCAUCUUAUGUUUUAUGUUUUAUUUAUUCUUAUGUUUUAAUUUCCUGAUAGCAUUGAUAUGAUUGCUUUAUUAGUUUUAUUUAUUACUACAUAGAGAUAUAUAACAUAUAUAUUACACAUUAUACAAAUAAUAUUUACUUAUAGUUCUUCUACUAAAGAUGGGUUUUACUUUGAUGAUUAUUAUAUUAUAUUUUAACAGUUUUUAUUAAUCUAAUGUAUCUCUCGAUAAUAAUCUAACCAUCCGUUACAAGUUAGUAUGACUUUCUCACUUGUUUCGUGAAAUCUGUUUACAUUCAGCGACUGAUAGAACUAUUACAUGUGUGAUCUUACAUAUGUUUACGUAUACGUAUACGUAUUUCCAUUUCUUGUACCAUUUCAGAUAUUAGUAUCCUUUGGUCGUGGUAAGAUUCAACCACGAUGAUAGCAUAUUGACAUGUUUCCAGCGUAAGAGCUACUUUAGCGGUAAUAAUAGCUAAUUGUGUAAACGGAUUUCUAUAUAAAUUAAAAUUGCUGUACUUAAAAAUGCAGGUAAGUCAUGAGAAACAAUUGAUACAUUUACAAUAUUUCCAUUUAGAGAUAAAAUUCCAUUUAGUGAUAAAGAGCAAACAAUGGAAUACAGAUACCAGAAGCACAUAGAAAAGUACAAUUUAUUGAUAUAAAAAAUAAAUGUUAUUUUCUUUAUGUGUCGCAAGUUGACAUGGUAUUAUGUAUUUUGCUUAAAUUUGCCUAUCGCGGUUGCCUAUCGGUUGUGGCAUACAAAAUUCAUAACCGUUUUAAAAUCUUGUAAAAUGAUAUUACCACUAUUAUUAAUACGGUUUAUCACUGAAAAAGAAAAAUUAGGUAAAGAAAAUGACGUUUUCAUGAAAGGAUAUUUAUAAUCAUUUAAUUUUUUCUGAUCAUGUUGCUACAGAUAUUUAAAACGAAACUUGGCUCCAUAUUCCUUCGAUUAUUUCUAUGCGGUAUAAUGUUCACUACCGUGAUAACAUGUAUACAAGAGGGACAUCAGUCUACCGAAAAUAAAACAUGUAAAGAUCUUGAUUAUCGGUUAUCAAAAAAUGUACUGCCACGACACUAUAAUAUCAACAUAACAUUUUUUGCAACGCUGGACCGUUUAAAUGGCGACUGCGAAAUUAAUAUCGAAAUUUUCAAAACAACGUCAAAUAUAAGGUUACACAGUCCCGAACCGAGUCGAAAUAGAAUAAAAUUGGUUACGAAGAAUGGUACGGCAUGUGACCCCAAAGAUAUAGAUUACUACAGAGAGGAGAACAUGCUAAACCUCUGUUUCGAGCACCAGCUAUCUCCUGGAAAUUACACCUUGCUCAUAUCAUACAAGAAAAAUAUUAGUAAAGACAUAGAGGAGGAUUACUUAAAAAUUUUAUUCUGGCAUGCAGCACGUACUAAACAGAGUACAUUGGUGGCAACAAAUAUUCACUCUGUUGAAGCUCGAAAAUGGUUUCCAUGUUGGGACGAGCCAGAAUUUAAAACAACAUUUCAGUUUAAAUUCAAUCAUAAGAAGAAAUAUAGUCUAUGGCCAACCUUGUCAAAAGGAUCAUCUACGCAACAUGAUCAGAAGAAACAAGACUCAAUGUGGACAACCUUUAUCAUAUCAGACUCAAUAUCUACUUACCAAGUGAUGUUUACAAUAACUGAUUUAUAUUUUAACGAGAAAUAUAUAUUACGUGCUACAUCAGAUACACUUCAUAAGUCAUUUCAUACUAUACGCAGUAGACCUAUCGUGGGAGAUUCUAUGGAAUUUUCAGAGGAUGUGAUUGUGAAGAUCAUAGAUGCUGAGUGGUACCGUGCAAUUCCUGGAAAUAUCAUGAGUGCAAAUCAUAUUGCAAUUCCAGCCAUGCAAGAUGAUGUCAUCGGAAAAUGGAGAAUCAUUCUUUAUAAGUAUAGCGAUAACAAAUUUCUUAUUAUUACUUUAUUAACUAACAUUUUAUUUUAUUAAUUAAAAUUUAAUCACAUUUCUACUGAAUAAGAAAGAAAUUGAAAGAUUACAGUUCGAUGAUACUAGCAUUACGAAUUUAUAUAUAUAUAUCAUUAUAUUACACUUUUAUAUCUUUGCAUAUAUAUGUAUAUAGCAGCAUUUUAAAUAUUAUGUUACAGGGAAUCGCUCGUUACUUAUGAUGAAGAAAUAGAUAGCAGUGCCCACAAACGGGAGGUAGCAAGCACAGUAGCACGUG